CCGCAAACGUCGCUCACUGGCACACCUGGGGGACGCACGAGGGGGUGUGGCCCCUCGUCUCCACGCAGUUGGCCGACAGCUUUCCCGGAACGCGCAAACGACGCCUCCUGGACUCCCGACCUCGCAAGGCUAUCUGGGAGUUGUAGUUCAGUUUCGUGGCCAAACUCCGCCGUCCGGCCGCGGCUGGGAGGUCCAAGGCGGUCCAUCGCCUUUGGAUCUUGGUUCGGAGGAUGGAUCCGGGGCCCGGGACCGACGCGGCCCCGUUGGCUGGCCUGGCCUGGUCGUCGGCCUCGGCGCCUCCGCCAAGGGGAUUCAGUGCGAUCUCCUGCACCGUGGAGGGAGCUCCCGCCAGCUUCGGCAAGACCUUCGCGCAGAAAUCCGGCUACUUCCUAUGUCUCAAUCCUUUGGGCAGCCUAGAGAAUCCACAGGAGAACGUGGUGGUCGAUAUCCAGAUCCUGGUGGACAAGAGCCCUCUCCCGCCGGGAUUCUCCCCUGUCUGCGACCCCGUAGACUCCAAGGCCUCUGUAUCCAAGAAGAAACGCAUGUGUGUUAAGCUGGUACCCUUGGGGGUCGCAGACAUGGCUGUAUUUGACGUCCGGCUGAGUGGGAAAACCAAGACAGUGCCUGGAUACCUUCGAGUCGGGGACAUGGGUGGCUUUGCCAUCUGGUGCAAGAAAGCCAAAGCCCCGCGGCCAGUGCCCAAGCCCCGAGCUCUCAGCCGAGACAUGAGGGACCUCUCCCUGGACCAGCUCAGCCAGCCCAGCAAGGGCGGCUUUCCAGAGCGGACACUCUCAAGGCUGGGCUCUCGGGCAUCUACCCUACGGAGGAACGACUCCAUCUACGAGGCUUCCAACCUUUAUGGCAUCUCAGCCAUGGAUGGGGUUCCCUUCACGCUGCACCCCCGAUUUGAGGGCAAGAGCUGUGGCCCCCUGGCCUUCUCUGCCUUUGCUGAUCUGACCAUCAAGUCACUGGCGGACAUUGAGGAGGAGUACAACUAUGGCUUCGUGGUGGAGAAGACAGCGGCUGCCCGCCUGCCGCCUAGCGUCUCUUAGCCCCUCGUCAGUCCCAGGAGAGAGUCCCGGGCGGAUAUCCCACCCGCACCCCGGGACUGGCAGAUGCCCGCCUCAUUCUAUCUUGGGAACCUUGGGCGGCGCAAGGCAUUCUGGAUCCUCGGCUACCCCGCGGUGCGGCAGCCUCGGAGGAGGGGGCGGGACGCGGCUGCUAGGUGAUGGGCCCUGAUGGGCAUGGGUGGGGGCUGGACGGAAACCAGUGCCUUCAAGUCAUUUGUGUCAAAAUACUCUGGUGCCUGGAGGUCACGCGGGCGUCCUCCUGGUAAUAAACACCACCCUGUCCGAGCUGUC